UUUUUUAUGUACAAGAGGAAGACCCGCUUAGCUUAUCGUACAGUUUUCAAUUUGACCAGUUCAACGUUUCUUGAAAAUUUAAGAGUUCCUGUUUUGGGAAAAAAACAGCAGCAAAGCUUUCCGGUCGUACUACUCGUGAGUCUUGACGAAGCUUCAGAAACUACUUCGAUUACUUGUGAGCAGUCACGUACGUUGAUAACAACACUCCUGAGUUCUCAGAUUACUAUACCAAGACAUCGAUCUGGUGAAAGUUUUCGUGGAACUACACCACAAAAUGGGGAAAUUAUCCAGUCAACCUACUGAACAUUCAGAAUCAUUCCAUCCUUGGUCAGAUACCUUUCAUGAGCAGUGGGUGUGGAGCAGUGAGGAUAAAUCGCCUUCAGUGUACCUCUGCCUAAACAAUAAGUUAGCUUGCUUCUACAUUGACCCAGUCAUUGAGAGCACUGGAACAGCAGGCGUCCGUGGCACAAAGGCCUUCACACAUGGGCAGCAUUACUGGGAAGUUAAGCUGAGUUCUGUGUUUGGCACAUCAAUGAUGAUUGGCGUGGGCACAAAAGAGGCUUUGCUUCAAACAGCAGACUUUGAAUUUGUAGAUUUGAUUGGCAGGGAUGAUCAGAGUUGGGGGUUAUCAUAUAAAGGCAAGAUUUGGCACAAUGGUCAGUAUAGAGGUUACUGUGAGCCAUUUUAUGAUUCAACUGUGAUUGGUGUUCUUCUUGAUAUGGAUGCAGGAACUCUCUCUUACUUCAAAAAUGGAAGGUCUUUAGGACUUGCUUUUACUGGCUUGUGUAACAAAGCAUCAGAGCUCUACCCAAUCAUUUCAUCUACAUCAACACUCUCCGAGAUAGAACUGUGUGACAGCACCUGUAGAUAUGCCUCACUGCAGGAUCAGUGCAGAAUGACCAUAGCAAAGCUUGUUGGUAAAGACCAAAUAGAUUAUCUUCCACUUCCUAGAGGAAUCUGCCAGUCUCUAAAAGGCAUUUAAAGUUAUUAAAGGAAGGUUUAUGUCUACACAUAUAUAUAUGUACAGUGUAUAAAUUGUUUUUAAAUUUUAUCAUCAGGACUGUUCACUUGUUUGCUAAUGCAGUUUUACACUGUCACUUCAUGCAGCAGUCUUAGAUAACUGUAAGAGGAAAACCUCCUUUUGAUGAAAGCUUCUAGCUGAUCCAGUGUGAUUGUAAAAGGUCAAAAUAUUUAAGAUGAUUUGUAACUUAGAGGUCCUCCCUUUCAAUCAAAAUCUUAUCAUGGUUAAGAAGUGUCGAGAUGAAUUUCAAAUCUACAUGAUUUUUCCAAAUCUAUGAAUAGUGAAAUCCUUUCACGGCUGUGUCCGACAUGAGUAACUUUGAUGGCUAUUCAAAAACUUUUACAUCCAGCUGGAAAAAAAACAUAACUAAUAGCUGUUGGGUAAUUGUAAAGAGAGACAAAAUCUCAGUCUAACUACUAAAAAACCAUCUGUCUUCCAAUGUUGGUGAAAACAAUUUGGUAUGAAUUACACAUUCAUCUUUCGCCUUGAUUUGGGUCAAAGAGAUUGCACCCUCAUUCAGAGUUUGUAAAAAGAAACUGUAGAAUUAAUAAUUUUGUACAUUUUCAUUAGUUCAGUUUGUAAUUAAAAAAGGAUAAAUAUUUAAUUUUUUUAUUUGAAAUGGCAUGCAAG